CUCGGGUAUCCAGAACAUCCGAGCCCGAGGACCAUAAGUAGAAGCGUUCCGGUUGAGGGAAGAAUGGUAUUUCUAUUUGCGUCAGAAAUUAGAGACACAAGAAGCCUUUGAGUACAGGACUAAAUUUGGGGGAAAUUUGUUAAAAGCUGCUGAAUUUGUUCGGAAGCUACAGGGAGGUCGCAGGUUCGACUCUGGAUCGGAAAUCUUUGAUGUGCUAGCGCCAUGGCUAUUGCGUCGAGAGAAAAUGGAAGUUCUACGUUGAAUCCUAACGCGCCGUUGUUUAUUCCCCUGGCCUACCAGCAGGUGGAAGAUUUUUCACCCGAAUGGUGGAAGCUCGUACAGUCAUCGCCGUGGUUUCGUGAUUAUUGGCUUCGCGAGCGGUACGAGAUGUUCGAGGAGGUGGAAUGCUUUGCAGAUCUGUUUCCGGAAACCCUAGAAGACGAGUUUGCCGAGCUUGAGGAAGAGCUUUUGCUCUGCUCUGCGGUAGAGGAGGCAGAGUUUUUCGAUGAAUGUUGCUCUGAUGGAACACAACAUGAGUCAGAGAACAAUAAUAAGGAACUAGUAUCGCUCAUGUCUCUGAGCAACGGAAAGCCUUCCAAGCCGAAAUACGAGGUGAAAUUGCCUGCAAAGCCUCCUCAGAUUGUAAAUGUCAAGUCCAGUCCUCGCAGGAUCCAGCAACCCAGGUAGAUGGUUAAAUUCGUCUGUUUCACGGUCACAUGGGAGGUGACAAAUGUUUAGGUCGAGGUCACGGUCACAUGGGGGUUGUUAUUUCCGGUCGAUGUGCACGGGAACGUUGCUUUAAUUGUCUUGUCAUUGUAUAGAGGAGGCCGGCGGGAAGAAUGUGGAAAGUGUCGCCUGCGGCCUCAUGUUUCAAUUUGGUUCGGUGUGACAUGUCUGUCUUACGCCAUGGUCGAAUGUAAUUUGCUUUUGUAUAGCGUAUGCGUAGGUCAUUUUCAAAAAUACCUCACAUGUAACAGGGUGAUUACCAAAGUAUCAAGUCAACAAAAAAAAAAAGAAACAAACAAACAAAAAUUUGUUA